ACAGCGGUUGGUUGAACAGCUCUUUUGACAUCAGGAAUAAUCAUUACUUUCUCAUCCGGGGUCUCUCUGUCUCUCUGUCUGUCUGUCUCUCUCUCUCUGUCUCUCUGUCUCUCUGUCUGUCUGUCUGUCUGUCUGUCUGUCUCUCUCUCUCUCUCUCUCUCUCUCUCUCUCUCUCUCUCUCUCUCUCUCUCUCUCUCUCUCUCUCUCUCUCUCUCUCUGUGUAUUACUUACUUUCCCGAGAGAGAGACCAGGGAGCACACGGCUCAUGGCUUAGCCUCGUCCGUUCCAAACACACACACAGUAUUGUUUUAGCUGCGGAGGGCACGUUGGAUUUGAUCCAGCUCUCUCUGUUUGUCGGUUCAGCUGCGGGUGAAAACCGUUGGAGGGUUUAUUGUUGUUGGUUCAACUCGACAAGUAUUUUCCGUUUUUAUAUUUAUAAAGCGUAUUUAAUGGAUACGGUAUGGAGAUAGCCUUGGUGAGUUUUGAGAACGGCGGAGCGAAGGGAAGCGGUGGCAACGCCGGAGAUGUAGCCUGCCGUAACGCUCUGGAUCACCCUCAACCUCUGCCGCUGUUUGUCCAGAGCGGACUCAGCGAGCCGGGCUACAGCAGUCACAAAGAGAUUAAUACAAUCGGGAGUUCCAAACCGAGGACGUGGAAAAUCAACGAUAUGAAUAACACUUUGAGUUGUAACCAGAACGCGACGGAUGCGCUCUGGCGCGCAGAUCACAGUCCUCAUCUGUUGGACGAUGACAUGUUGGAUAUUGAGCGUAGAGACAUGGACAACAACGAGAGGGUGCUGAUCAACAUCGCGGGAUUAAAGUACGAGACACAGCUCGGGACCCUCAACCAAUUCCCCGAUACGUUACUGGGAGACCCCUAUAAGAGGAUCAAAUAUUUCGACCCGCUCCGGAACGAGUACUUUUUCGACCGUAACCGGCCAAGUUUCGACGGGAUCCUAUAUUUCUAUCAGUCGGGAGGUAAAAUCAGACGACCUGUCAAUGUGUCUAUCGACGUGUUCGCGGAUGAGAUUCGGUUUUACCGACUAGGGGAAGAAGCCAUGGAAAGGUUUAGAGAAGACGAGGGAUUUAUAAAAGAGGAAGAGAAACCGUUACCGCAGAAUGAGUUUCAGAAACAAGUCUGGCUCAUAUUCGAAUACCCGGAGAGUUCCAGCCCAGCGCGAGGCAUCGCUAUAGUCUCGGUGCUCGUCAUCACCAUAUCCAUUAUUACAUUUUGUAUGGAGACACUACCGGAGUUCAGGGACGAGAGGGAGCUACCGGUCACCAGUCGGUCUGGUAACAACACCGUACCGCGUCCGUCUCUCACAUUCACAGACCCGUUCUUCAUAGUGGAAACCACCUGCGUGAUAUGGUUCACUUUUGAAUUCAUCGUGCGUUUCUUCGCCUGCCCCAGUAAGUCAGAGUUCUCCAAGACCGUCAUGAACAUCAUAGAUAUCAUGUCUAUCCUGCCUUACUUCAUCACGGUGGGCACGGAGCUGGCGGAGCAGCAGGUGGAGGAACCGCAGGAGCACGGUAACGGACAGACCAUGUCUCUGGCCAUCCUCAGGGUCAUUCGGCUGGUCAGGGUGUUUAGGAUCUUCAAGCUGUCCAGACACUCCAAGGGGCUUCAGAUAUUGGGACAAACUCUCAAAGCCAGUAUGAGAGAGUUGGGGUUGCUCAUCUUCUUCCUCUUCAUCGGAGUCAUCCUCUUCUCCAGCGCCGUGUUCUUCGCCGAAGCGGACGAGCCCGAAUCGCAUUUCUCCAGCAUCCCCGACGCGUUCUGGUGGGCCGUGGUCACCAUGACAACAGUGGGCUACGGGGACAUGAGGCCGGUGACAGUGGGGGGAAAGAUAGUGGGUUCGCUCUGUGCCAUCGCCGGAGUGUUGACCAUCGCGCUGCCGGUGCCCGUCAUCGUGUCCAACUUUAACUAUUUCUACCACCGGGAGACGGACCAGGACCAGUCUUCUCUGAAAGACGACCCGCCCAACAGCAGUCAGGACAGUCCUCAGUUAAAGAGAAAGGACAGUAAGGGAUCUGCCAAGUCGGGAGACGAGGAGGACGGAACAGGCGUAGAGAAGCAGAAUAUCAAGGCUAACAGCAGCAUGGACAUCAAACGAUCCCUUUACGCCUUCUGUCUGAACAAGACGGAGACGGACCUGUAGUCCCCACAGACACAGACAGACAGUAGUCCCCACAGACAGACAGUAGUCCCCACAGACACAGACAGUAGUCCCCACAGACACAGACAAUAGUCCCCACAGACACAGACAGACAGUAGUCCCCACAGACACAGACAGUAGUCCCCACAGACACAGACAGACAGUAGUCCCCACAGACACAGACAGACAGACAGACAGUAGUCCCCACAGACAGACAGACAGUAGUCCCCACAGACAGACAGUAGUCCCCACAGACAGACAGACAGACAGUAGUCCCCACAGACAGACAGACAGUAGUCCCCACAGACAGACAGUGGUCCCCACAGACAGACAGACAGUAGUCCCCACAGACAGACAGUAGUCCCCACAGACAGACAGUAGUCCCCACAGACAGACAGUAGUCCCCACAGACAGACAGACAGUAGUCCCCACAGACAGACAGUAGUCCCCACAGACAGACAGUAGUCCCCACAGACAGACAGACAGUAGUCCCCACAGACAGACAGACAGUAGUCCCCACAGACAGACAGUAGUCCCCACAGACAGACAGUAGUCCCCACAGACAGACAGUAGUCCCCACAGACAGACAGUAGUCCCCACAGACAGACAGACAGUAGUCCCCACAGACAGACAGCCAGUAGUCCCCACAGACAGACAGACAGUAGUCCCCACAGACAGACAGACAGUAGUCCCCACAGACAGACAGACAGUAGUCCCCACAGACAGACAGUAGUCCCCACAGACAGACAGACAGUAGUCCCCACAGACAGACAGUAGUCCCCACAGACAGACAGACAGUAGUCCCCACAGACAGACAGUAGUCCCCACAGACACAGACAGUAUGAAUUCUCUGUUUAUUACAGUGACUAAUUGAAUAGAGAGUAGUGUGUUUCGCUAUGACGACACGGUGAUUUCCAAGCCUCUAUCUAGUCAGUGAGUUGAUGUAUAAAAUCUCCUGGUAUUAAUGGAUUUGAAGCCAAAACCAAAGCAGAGACUUGAGUCUCAAAUGACACCCUAUUCCCUACACAGUGCACUACUUCUCGGCCCUAUGGGUCCUGGUCUAAUGUAGUGCACUAUAAAGGGAAUAGGGUACAUGGGCCCUGGUCUAAUGUAGUGCCCUGUAAAGGGAAUAGGGUGCAUGGGCCCUGGUCUAAAGUAGUGCACUAUAAAGGGAAUAGGAUGUGUGUUUCUGCAGUCGCAGUCCAAGGAUCAACACGUUACAAUCCUGAAAAAGUUUUAGAGAAAUGAGAGUUGAUUUUUUUUAAAAGCCCUUUAUAAUCUUCUUGAUCUGGUAACACAACACACAACACACACACACACACACACACACACACACACACACACACACACACACACACACACACACACACACACACACACACACACACACACACACACACACACACACACACACACACACACACACACACACACACACACAACCCUAGCUAGCCUGGGGAUAGCCUGGGUCCCUACAUUAACAUAAAAUACACACGACCCAAGAUAGCCUGGGUCCCUACAUUAACAUAAAAUACACACGACCCUAGCUAGCCUGGGUCCCCACAUUAACAUAAAAUACACACGACCCUAGCUAGCCUGGGGAUAGCCUGGGUCCCUACAUUAACAUAAAAUACACACGACCCUAGCUAGCCUGGGGAUAGCCUGGGUCCCUACAUUAACAUAAAAUACACACGACCCUAGCUAGCCUGGGUCCCUACAUUACCAUAAAAUACACACGACCCUAGCUAGCCUGGGGAUAGCCUGGGUCCCUACAUUAACAUAAAAUACACACGACCCUAGCUAGCCUGGGGAUAGCCUGGGUCCCUACAUUACCAUAAAAUACACACGACCCUAGCUAGCCAUAGCCUAGAUGUCCCUAAUACUCCUAGUGUGUUAGGUUAUCUAACGCUAUAGCCUCUGUGAUCGCAUCAUCACCGUACGUCCAGAUCCCGUUUUACGCAAUCAUCAUUAAGUUAACAGCUACAGUAGGGCAUCUAUGUGGGAGCGGGGGUGAUGUACUCUAAUUAAGACUGCUAGCAGGACCCGAGAUAAUUACUGUCUCUGAGCGUGGCUGAGAGAGAGAGAGGACUAGGCUGUGGUGAGAUAGACUACUGUCUCUGAGCGUGGCUGAGAGAGAGAUAGAGAGGACUAGACUGUGGUGAGGUAGACUACUGUCUCUGAGCGUGGCUGAGAGAGAGAGGGGACUAGGCUGUGGUGAGAUAGACUACUGUCUCUGAGCGUGGCUGAGAGAGAGAGAGGUCUAGGCUGUGGUGAGAUAGACUACUGUCUCUGAGCGUGGCUGAGAGAGAGGGGACUAGGCUGUGGUGAGAUAGACUACUGUCUCUGAGCGUGGCUGAGAGAGAGAUAGAGAGGACUAGACUGUGGUGAGGUGGACUACUGUCUCUGAGCGUGGCUGAGAGAGAGAGGGGACUAGGCUGUGGUGAGAUAGACUACUGUCUCUGAGCGUGGCUGAGAGAGAGAGGGGACUAGGCUGUGGUGAGAUAGACUACUGUCUCUGAGCGUGGCUGAGAGAGAGGGGGGACUAGGCUGUGGUGAGAUAGACUACUGUCUCUGAGCGUGGCUGAGAGAGAGAGGGGACUAGGCUGUGGUGAGAUAGACUACUGUCUCUGAGCGUGGCUGAGAGAGAGAUAGAGAGGACUAGACUGUGGUGAGGUAGACUACUGUCUCUGAGCGUGGCUGAGAGAGAGAGGGGACUAGGCUGUGGUGAGAUAGACUACUGUCUCUGAGCGUGGCUGAGAGAGAGAGGGGACUAGGCUGUGGUGAGAUAGACUACUGUCUCUGAGCGUGGCUGAGAGAGAGAUAGAGAGGACUAGACUGUGGUGAGGUAGACUACUGUCUCUGAGCGUGGCUGAGAGAGAGAGGGGACUAGGCUGUGGUGAGAUAGACUACUGUCUCUGAGCGUGGCUGAGAGAGAGAGAGAGGACUAGGCUGUGGUGAGACAGACUACUGUCUCUGAGCGUGGCUGAGAGAGAGAGGGGACUAGGCUGUGGUGAGAUAGACUACUGUCUCUGAGCGUGGCUGAGAGAGAGAUAGAGAGGACUAGACUGUGGUGAGGUAGACUACUGUCUCUGAGCGUGGCUGAGAGAGAGAGGGGACUAGGCUGUGGUGAGAUAGACUACUGUCUCUGAGCGUGGCUGAGAGAGAGAGAGAGGACUAGGCUGUGGUGAGACAGACUACUGUCUCUGAGCGUGGCUGAGAGAGAGAGAGAGAGAGAGAGAGAGGGGACUAGGCUGUGGUGAGACAGACUACUGUCUCUGAGCGUGGCUGAGAGAGAAAGAGGACUAGGCUGUGGUGAGAUAGACUACUGUCUCUGAACGUGGCUGAGAGAGAAAGAGAGGGGACUAGGCUGUGUUGCUAGGCUUUAUAACAGAGCCACCACGACCAACCAAAAUGUCGUCUGUGUCUCUGACACAGUGUGUCAUCAGGGAAGUAAACACCUCGUUAUAUAAAUAUAGAAAACAAACAAACGCCAAAUGGAGAUUUUAUUUCCGUAUAUUGUACCGUCUCUGUUUAGUCGUAAUGUUUACGACAUAAAAAUAAUAAAUUUUGUUGCAUUAAAUGCACCUCUGAGACUAUGUAUAUAUUUUCCUAAUAUUAAACCUAAUAAUAUUUAUUGGUGAUCUGAAAGAAACAAAGCAGAUUUUAUUUUGAAUUUUAUUUGAAUUUAUUUAUUCAAAUAUAGAAAAUCUGGUACUACCCCCCUCUCAGGUCCGUGAGAAGAACAGAACUACCCCCCUCUCAGGUCCGUGAGAAGAACAGGAGACAGAAAGAGACAGACUGGGAACAUUACAUGUCCAGGCUUUGACUGACAGAGGACUGGAAGGGACGCGUUGGGACUAACUCGUUAUCAUGCUAUUGAAGGACAACAGCCUUGACUGCCACCAAUAAAAUACAAAAAUAUUUUUUUAUUUAUAAUAAACUUUUGAAACAAUGGACACAUCCAGCAACAUUGGAGUACCAGAUGAGGACCAGACAAGAGACGGAACAGAUACCAGGAGACAAUAACAGAAGGACGCCCCCGCUCCAUAACCACACUGAUACAAAAGGUUAGUGAAAUAUAAGCUGUGAUGUAGAGGCCUAUUUAUAACUUUGCUUAGGAAGUCAGUGGGCAAUUUACUGACUUCAACUGUAUCUUGUUCUGUUUGUUAAACGGCUGUAAUUAUUCAUGAAAACAAUAAUUCCUCACAACUAAAUGUAGAGGAGAAGUGUUAUAUAUUUACUACUAAAUGUAGAGGAGAAGUGUUAUAUAUUUACUACUAAAUGUAGAGGAGAAGUGCU